CCGGCCGCAACGAGCCACAUCGUCGCGCCUCCGCGUGAAUCUGUCAAUUGGCCGUCAGGAUCAGUCAAUCACUGAGCAAAUCGCAAGUCCCCAAUUAAUCCCAAAAAAUUGCCAAUAAAAAUCAAAGUGACUAAACCCACUUGACUAAUCAGUCUACCCCACAAACCACUAGACUCCCCGAUAAAUCCCCCGAUGUAAAGGUGCAAUGACCCACUGUGCAGUGAGUGUGCGAUGCCUACAGUGUGUUUCCACUUGAUUAAGCACCAGUGAGUUAGGAAAUCGACUAAAUCUAAAUAAUCUCCAACCAAACAGCCCCGCGCAUUUGACUGCGUUUCGAUUUAACUUGUUGAGUGUCGGUGCAUUGAAGCCCAUGAAAAUGCAUCAAAACCCCAGUAUGAUUAUUACCCUGAUAAUCCUGACCCUCGGUACAGUGGAAAUGCGGGACAUGAGAGAAGUGCGGAAUGAUCCAUUGAUCGUUGAAACAACGACUGGCCUUGUGCGUGGACUAUCGCGAUCAGUGCUCGAUCACGAGGUGCACGUUUACCUGGGUAUACCAUUUGCAAAGCCACCAAUUGGUCCACUCAGAUUCCGCAAACCAUUUCCCAUUGAUCCGUGGCACGGUGUUCUCAAUGCAACUAGCCAGCCAAACAGCUGUUUUCAAGAGCGUUAUGAGUACUUUCCCGGUUUUGCGGGUGAAGAGAUGUGGAAUCCAAAUACCAAUGUCUCGGAGGAUUGCCUUUACCUGAAUAUCUGGGUGCCCCAGAAGCUCAGGCUCAGGCACAAAGAGGCACCUGGCGGUGCUGGGGUGGAGAAAAAAGGAAUGCCACUGCUCGUUUGGAUUUACGGUGGUGGUUAUAUGAGUGGUACAGCGACACUGGACGUUUAUGAUGCUAAUUUUAUGGCUGCAAGCAGCAAUGUUAUCAUAGCAUCGAUGCAGUACAGAGUUGGAGCUUUUGGCUUUCUUUAUUUGAAUAAACAUUUUGGUAAUAGUGAGGAGGCACCUGGGAAUAUGGGACUGUGGGAUCAGGCGAUGGCGUUGAAGUGGCUCAAGGACAAUGCCAAGGCUUUUGGUGGUGAUCCUGAUGCUAUAACGAUCUUCGGUGAAUCGGCUGGUGGUGGAUCGGUAUCGCUGCAUCUGCUUUCCCCGGUGACGAGGGGUCUCGUACGACGGGGUAUACUGCAGAGUGGAACACUCAAUGCUCCUUGGAGCUUCAUGACUGGGGAGAAGGCUAAUGAGGUGGCUAGGGUGCUGGUUGAUGAUUGUGGGUGUAAUUCAACUAUGCUCAGUGAAAAUCCAGCGAGGGUCAUGGUGUGCAUGAGGUCUGUCGAUGCUAAGAGUAUAUCGGUACAGCAGUGGAACAGCUACUGGGGUAUUCUUGGAUUUCCAUCCGCACCUACUAUUGAUGGGGUCUUCCUGCCCAAGCAUCCUAUUGAUCUUCUGAAGGAGGCGGAUUUCGAGGAUACGGAGAUACUUAUUGGGAAUAACCAGAAUGAGGGCACAUAUUUUAUUCUUUACGACUUCAUAGACUACUUCGAUAAGGAUCAACCAAGUUUUCUCCAGCGCGAUAAAUUCCUCCAAAUAAUAAACACGAUAUUCAAAAACAUGUCGGAGGUAGAGCGGGAAGCGAUAGCAUUCCAGUAUACCGAUUGGGAGCAGCCCAAGGACGGCUUUCGAUAUCAGAAAGCAGUGGCUGAUGCCGUUGGUGAUUACUUCUUCAUUUGUCCGUCCACUCAUUUCGCUCAACUAUUUGCCGACCGGGGGAUGAAGGUGUAUUACUAUUUCUUCACUCAUAGAUCGAGCACAAACUUGUGGGGCAAGUGGAUGGGUGUCAUUCACGGCGAUGAGGUGGAAUACGUAUUUGGUCAUCCGCUCAACAUGUCCCUGAAGUACGAGGAGAAGGAACGUGAACUCUCCAUGAAGAUGAUUUUAACCUACUCGAAUUUCGCAUUUUCAGGGAAGCCAACCGAGGGAGACGAUUGGCCGGCUUACACACGCGACGAGCCAAAGUAUUACAUCUUCAAUGGUGACGAUACUGGAAAAUUGGGGAUAGGACCUCGAUCAACGAGCUGUGCGUUCUGGAAUGAAUUUCUACCUCGAUUGGAGGGUGUACCAGAUCGGACGCCCGAGGCCUGCAAUGGAGCUAUAGCCUCCAGUGUAUCAGCUGGCGCUGAUGAGCUUCGUGCUGCUGCACUCCUUCUGGUAAGCUUGCUAACCAUCAGCGGUAUCAUCUAGGGCACUCCAUGAAGCCACACAUGGAUGCAUCGAAUGGUCAGACAACUUGGUGAAACAAUCCGAGCGGAUAAAGACACAAAAAUGUCUGUCAACCAAUGUGGGACACAAAACGACUGGGAAUAUCACUCGCUGAUGAAACGUAGGUGCUGAUGGAAUUGCAGAAUACCUAGAAAAUGUAGCUUAGGCUGUAAUUAUAAAUCAGGUCCCCGUGUAAAGAGUUUAAAUAAAUUAAAGGAAUAAAUAGUGUCAGGUGUAAUUUUGAGGCGAUGAUAAAAUGAUAUUGAAACCGUGACACGAGAGAUAUUUUUCACGAUGCCUAAUUUUCUUAUGUGAACAGACAUAAAUGAAGAAAAAAACGUAUGUUCUGAGCAUAUCGAGAGAUGGCGGUGGAUGGCGACAGAUAUAUAUGGAGUUAUUGAAUGACUCGCGUGGUAAAACUUGAAUCUUCCAUUUGGUACAUAUCACCUAUACAUACAUUGAAAGAUAUUAAAAACACGAAAUACAUUAUUAAAUAUACAUAUAGCAUUAAAUUGUGAGUGGAUAAGAUGAUGCAUAAAUUCGUAAAUACGUUAAUAUUAAGAGAAUUUUAAGUGAAACAAUGAUAGAUCAAUAAAUAGAUUAUAAAUUUGGUGUUGAAUUUGUCCGUAAGAUGAAUCAUCACCGGUUUGACGAUGAGAUGAUUAAAGAUAUAUAUUAAAAACAAUAUUGCGCCGAUGUUCAAAAGACGGCGUGGAUAAAUGAUUUAGGGUAGAUUAGAAUGAUUAUGAUUAACGAGAGAGAUUUAAAUUAUUUUAUACGUAAAUUAUUGUUUCACGCCGAUUCUUGCCUCGGCUUUCUGUCUCACCGAUGUCAACUGUGAAUUCUAACGAAAUAAAUACAGACUCUUUACGUCAACUCGAGGCUGAACUGAAACACCAGACGCAUGCCGAGGCUGGACCUCGGUUUAUCGAUUAACAUGAGAAAAUAUCAUUAAAUUUAAUGAGAGGUGGUAAUGGGGAGAGAGAGAGAUGGGUGACAGGAUAGACAAUGGUUUGAUGGUUCUACUUGGUCAUUUCGAUUGAUUCGUUAGUCAAGCAUGUUAAAGUGAAAAUAAUUGAUUAGAUAGCGACCAGGCACAGAUAGGUUAAUCGAUAAUUGAUAGAUUUAAGGGAAGAGACAUUUGUGUACGCUUGUUAGUUCUAGUAAGGAAGAUAAAUGAGACAAACUAAAUCGGCGUUAUGAGGGAAUGAAUCAUUGUCUUUUUGGUACCUAUGGCAUUUAGUGAUUAAGACACCUCAUGUCCGCCUUCAUUUUCCUCGCACACACACAUAUCAUUAGUCUUUCGGUAAAAUGCCAAGCAUCCAUCGAUGUCCUAUUAAAUAAGUGGGGAAAGGAUAAUAUUGCAGCAAGGAAUACGGCUUUGAGACGUUGUUGUUGUUGUUAUUGUUGUUGUUCACAGUGCCUGGACGCGUGGCAUAUGAAAGAGAAUGAGAAAUGAGAGAGUGAGGUUUCAGUGAGGAAAAUCCUCCCGGAUGUUUUUGACUGUAGAACAAUAUUUUCAUCAUUAUGAAUUCACAACUUCUUUUUAUCGUCCGUUUGAGGGGAUUAUUAUGAUGCAUUAGUAUUGUAUUCUGGAGUUUGCUGGAGUCAUCGAACAACUUUUUCUCAUGUGUUGUUAUUCGGUGAAUUUUUUCAAUAUUUUUUUUUAUUGCGGGGGACUACUAUGAGUUUUAAAAGUCGCGGGCGG